AAAUCAUUCUGUACUCAAAUUCCCUGUCCAUCCAUGUAUGAGAUCACUGGAUGAGACGUUGGAACUACUUGUUUGGAUAUGUCGGAUAUUUUCCCGUUGACAUCCAAUAUUCCUGGAAAUAUUCAUUCAAAUUUUGACCAAAGUUCGUGUCGAAGCAGACUUGCACUUACAAUGAAUGAUAAUCAGCACAUAAUGCAGAAAAGGGGAAAAAUUGGUGACAGCUCAACUGAGAUAUUUAUAGAUUUCAGAAUAAUGAAGAGUAAAUACACCAUCAUUAGAGUUUUAUCACAGAGAAAUUCCAUUUAUCAUUCUGAUAUAACUCGUGGAAUAUUUCUGCAGCGUAAAAGAUCUUCAUCAUUUCGUGAUCUACUCCUCUUGCCUAUAUUUCGACUUGGCUUAAAUCUACUACGUGACGCUGAUCGUAAUUUAGCAUCUUUAGACUUGAAUAAUUCUGAACAACAUGGACUUUUAUCGCAAUGCCUACAUGCAUGUAGUGGUGCAGUGUGUGAUGGUUCAUCAUCAUCAGGUAAUUGUUUGGAUGAUUUAGUUGUUGUACAAAUUCCAACAAGUUGGCGAUCAAUUUUUCUUGAUUCAGAUACUAUCCCAUUGUUUUUUCGUAUGUAUAGAAAUCUUUCUCCGGAUUUAUCAGUACUGGCGCUUUCUUGUCUUAUUCAAAUCUCAAGUAUCCGACGCUCUUUAUUCACAAAUGCUGAAAGAUCAAUUUUUCUCGCGCAAAUUGUAUCUGGAUGUCGGAGUAUUUUAUUAUCAGUUUGUGGGAAUUCAACACAGACGACGACGACAACAACUACCACGACAGCUUCACCAACUGUUAUUGGUUCACCUUUAAAUAGGCAUGUUAAUACUACACCUAAUACUACUGAUAAGACUAAUAGUAGUAGUAUGAAUAACAAUAAUGAGGCGUGUAAUUUAAUGAAUAAUCCAGAAGCAUAUCAUGAAUUCUGUGUUCUCUUGUCCAGGCUGAAAUGUAGUUAUCAAUUGAAUGAGUUGUUGGUACUCAGUGAUUAUUCUUCAUUUAUUGAAUUAUUGACUAUUUUCACUGUACACAGUAUAAAGGUAUGUAAUGAUGAGUGUAGUCAAAAUAGCCUACAUUAUUUAUUAGCGCUAUGGCAACGUUUAGUUGCCAGUAUCCCGUAUGUCCAUCCACCUGAUUCACAUCUACUAGAUACUGUAACCCCUCAAGUCGUUAAUGCCUAUAUACAAUCAUGCUUGAGCACUAUACCAAAUUAUAUGAAUCAGGCUAGUAUACAUAUUAGUCGUGAAUCAAUACGUUCUGAGAAGAAAUCCACAGAAUUCAAUGCAUAUUCUUCAUGGUGUACUGAUACACUAUCGAAACCAAUGUAUGCCAAUUGUUUUGUAUCUAGCAAUCAGAGCCGUAAUCAUAAUCAUCAUAAUAAUAAUAAUUGUGGUAGUAAUAAUACGUGUACAAAUGCAAAUAUUUCUGAAGAAGUAGAAGAAGAGAAUAAUUUAUCCUUGAAAAGUGAAUGCCUACUUGACGACUGGAUAACACUUUCACAACAAUUAGAUCGGUUCGGAACAAUUGGACGAUGUGAAUAUGAAAAAACGUGUAGUAUUAUUAUUCCCUUGUUUGAUGAAUAUGCUAGUAGUUUGGAGAAAGCUUUCAAUAUAUUAACUUCAAAUAGCAAUAAUAAUAAUAGUGGUAAUAUGACAAUGAAUGAUUCUCAUUUAGAACAUGUUUUACGCCUAGAAGAACAUCGUUUAGCUUGGCUUGUAUAUAUGGUUGGCGCAUUAAUUAGUGGUCGUGUAGGUUAUGUUGAUGCAGAAAGUGAAUGUGAUGGAGAAUUAAUCUGUCGUGUACUGCAAUUGGUUCGAUUGACUACAAACUUUAUUACAUCGUAUACGCCUGCUGCAUCAGCUAUAUCAAAUCAUCAUACAAAUGGUAUGCUGACGACAACAACAACAACUGCUGCUAUCACUCAAUCACCAAGUAUGAUACGCUUGGAAUUAGCUGUAUUACGAUUCUUCGAACAACUUCGACGUGUAUAUAUUGGUGAAAAUGUCGGUAGACUGUCUAAGUUUUAUCAAUAUUUAUCGGAGAAAUUAGGCAUAUCAGAUGAAAUGAUGAUGCUUGGUGUAUUUACAAAUAAAAUUUUAACUAAUUUAAAAUAUUGGAGUAAUUGUGAAGCUGUCCUACAAAGAACACUGAACUUAUUAUCAGAAUUAUCAAUGGGUUUUAGUGCUAUGCGUAAACUUCUACGCUUAGAUGAUAUCCAAUUUAUGCUUGUUAAUCAUACACCGGAAUAUUUUCCUUUCCUGUUGUCAACAUCCAAUACUGCAAUACCACAAUCAUCAACAAUUUCACGUUUACGAACAACAUUCUAUGCAUCAUUAUCUCGACUGUUGAUGGUUGAUUUAGGUGAAGAUGAAGAACAAUUUUUAAAUUUCGUAUCUCCGUUAACAAGAGUUACCAAUCAAUUGAUUAUAGCUUUACUAUCUGGUGAUCCAUCAAAUUUAAGUCAAGAAUUGACAAAAAUUUCCAUAAUCGGUUUAGCCAGAGAUGUACGAGGUAUAUCGUGCAGUUUAAAUACUAAAACUUCUUAUCAAAUGUUAAUCGAUUGGAUAUAUCCAAGUGGUUUACAAUUGUUCAAUCGUGCACUUGAUCUAUGGCCAUUAGAUCAUAAUAUUAGUGUGCCUAUAUUUAAAACGCUGACAGAAUUAGUGCAUAAUCGUAAUGGACGUCUGUUGUAUGAUACAACUAUACCAAUUGCUUAUUUAUUAUUCACGCAUGUUAGUAAACUGUUAUAUAAUUUUGGUUUACAAAUACUGGCUAACCUAUGUCAGAUACCUAAACAUUCUAUGUAUGAAAUGAAAUUGAAACCGAUUAUGUCAGCUUUAAAUCUCUUGAAAAUGUGUCUUGGCGGUUGUGUAAUUAAUUUUGGUGUAUUCAGUUUAUUUCAUGAUGAUUCAUUAGAGAGAGCUAUGGAAAUCGGUGUCCAAUUACUGCUGUCUUUAAGUGAUUCUGAGUUGCAUGAUCAUACAAAAUUAGCACUAUGCCACUUUGGAUUAUUAGAGCACAUGUUCAAUGAGCAUAUUAUAUUUGUUGCUUCACUUGGUACACCGAUCCUGCUGCAUUUCUUAAAGACUAUUGCAAGUAAUUUAACUUCAUUAGAUCCUGGGAUCAGUGAAGUGUGCUGUGUAUGCUUAGAUAGUUUUCUAACGCAUCUGUUUAAACUUGUCCAACGUCAACAACGUUUCAGUCGUAUUAAUACUGCUAAUAAUAGCAGUAAUAGUAAUAAUAAUAAUAACUCAUUAUAUUUACUGAAUUUGAAUGUAGAUAAUAACAGCAAUAAUAGUAAUAUUAAUAAUAAUAGCAAUGUGAUGAAGCCUAAUGACAACAGUAAUAAUGAAUUGUUAAUGUCGCAUUUAAUAUUGGGCAAAGGUGGUGCAUCGAAUCAUGCAGUUUGGUCUUCACGUGCAACAUUAGCAUCUACAAAUCUCUUGAAUUUAUUAGUGAUGAACAAUGCUACCACAACUACCACGGUGCCUGGAAAUCUUGAAAGUUUAGAAAUGCAAUCCGGUGUCACUUUACUACGACGUAUUCUAAUCCUACUGUUAAGUUCAGUAAUGCAAGAAGAUUGUCGUUGUCAAUGGUCUAUGUCCAGACCGUUGUUGCCUUUAAUUCUUUUAAAUCAACAGUAUUAUGCAGAAUUACGAAAUUGUGUCAUCACAGGAUUACCUUUAGACAGGCAAGAAUCUGUUACUAAACUGUUUGAUAAAUUAAUGGAAGAUGUAGAGUGUCAUGUAACAUUAAAAAAUCGUGAUAAAUUUACACAAAACCUCUCCAGUUUUAAACAUGCUCUUGGAGACUUCAUCAAGAAGAUGAACUCUAAACCAGAUAAUGGUAUCACGGAAUGCGCAGAACAAACCGAGUGCAGUAAUUAUGAACCAUAUAUUUGUUUGGGGAGCGCAAUAUUACAAGCGGGUGAACAACUGCUUUGUAUAUGA